AUGUCUCUAGAACAACCUCGCAACAGCUUUAGAGAGGCUACCAGAUCAACAAUAGCACUCAAGGAGAGUAUUACACAUAUGACAGACGGCUUACUUAAAGCAGGCGCUCUAGCCACCGCUUCCCAAAUGCCUCAAGUUCGAAUCCAGGCUAUGUUACCUCCUGAAAUCGUAAGUAAACUUCCUUUUCUCAUCGCUUUUAAGUACCCACUUCUAGUGGAUGGACGCGUGUUAUUAUUUCUAUUCUUGCUCCCUUUUUGGAUUUUCAAACGAGAAAAACAUGUACUAAUUCGCUGCAGUGGAGUAUGGUAUCAAAGCUUUUGACUAUGGCGGACGUAGUAGAAUUUCGACAAGUCUGCAAAAUGUUUGCAAGCCUAGGACUCGACCUAAUACUUCAAGAGAUAAAUUUACUGGAGAACCCAAAGAGCAUUGCUCAAUUACGUUCAAAGCUACAGAGUGCUGCAGCUUCUGAUGCUAUACUAAGGAAUACGCAAACACUGCGUUUGUGUGCACAUCUCACAAGGUGUAGAUUUCGCUCUUUAUUCCGAAAUAUUGGCCGGAUACAAAUCUGUUAGAGACUCUUGUGGCGAUUGCGCUAUCCUCAUGGAAGCCCUGAGUUCUCUCCACCUUCUGAAUAAGUUGGUAAUCAAAAGCACCGUAUUCGCGACUGAACAUAGGCCAUUGCAGCCAGCCGACUACAAAAGAUUAUCAGACACCGAAGUACUACGCUCUUGGACUGAGCGGCACCUGAAAACAUGCUGUGAUUGGCGUCGGAAGGACAUCACCGGUAGAGCCCUUGCCUGUGCCGCCCUUGCUAUUCGAGAACACGCUUUAAAGCCAAAGAUACUAAAAGCAGAAAUAGGGCUCACUUACCUAUGGGAUGAGCAAGUUCGAGAAAGCGUGAAGUAUCUCUUCGGACAGUUGGAGGAAAUUACAUUGCUCCUCAACCUCUCUGCAAGCGAACACCCUUGGGGCAUCAAAGGCGGCAUUGAUGAACUUCUCAAUACUGGAGGUCAUUUGGCGAAAUGUUUCGACGGCGCAGAGCGAGUCAAAACAAUCAACGUUACCUUUUCAUGGGACGAUCAGGCUUUGUGGGAGAGAUCGCUGGCGAGAUAUUUUGGAAAGGCAAAAUGGCCUAACAUCCACACGCUUCAACUCAGCCAAGUCAUGUGCCAUCCCUACGACCUCCUUGAAAUCAUCAGACGAAAUGGAUCUUCCUUACGCAACCUAAUUCUCACCGAUCCACUCUUCGAGGACGAUCAAUUUCCACCUUUCUUCCGCUCUUUGAGAGAAUACACAGCGUCAGGGGAGUUGAAUUUAGAUCGACUGGAAAUUGGGGGAGGCAUGUGGGAAGUGAAAAGUUUCUUAGGAAUGAAUCUUGCUCUACGCAUUUAUCAUCGUCGGGCAGAUGCACGUCCAAAAGUCAUUGUCCCCGAUAGGGUUCGAGACGAGCUUUUGGCGGUGGGGUUAUUGGCAGAAUACCAGUCACUAACAGACUUUGAGUCAGAAGGCAACGAGCUUGGGCACGCAUUGGAGGGGUAUGUUUUGCAUGGUGGGGACGAGGUAUGGGAUUUAUACUUGCCAAAAGAGUGCCUUAGAGCUCAUUAUGACGAUGUACUGCUGGGGUACAAAGAUAUAGAGAAACUGUGA